UCUAUCGAACUAACAGCGAUUCACAGUACUAUGAUGAAGAGCAAAGUGAUGGUGGUGUUAUAUUUCAAUAUAUAUAUAACAACCUGAAACGUCAAGCAGUUUAUCUUAAGGAUCAAUUAAAUGACACGGAUCACACAGCCCUGACCCAUCGAGGCAUGGACUCCAUUAGACCUCUGAAGGUGUGCUGUGGUAUCUGGCACCAAGAUGUUAGCAGCAGAUCCUUUAAGUCCUGUAAGUUGUGAAGUGGGGCCUCCAUGGAUCGGACUUGUUUGUUCAGCACAUCCCAUAGACGCUCGAUUGUAUUGAGAUCUGGGAAAUUUGGAGGCCAAGUCAACACCUCAAACUCGUUGUUGUGCUCCUCAAACCAUUCCUGAACCAUUUUUGCUUUGUGGCAGGGCGCAUUAUCCUGUUGAAAGAGGCCACAGCCACCAGGAAAUACCGUUUCCAUGAAAGGGUAUACAUGGUCUGCAGCAAUGCUUAGGUAGGUGGUAUGUGUCAAAGUAACAUCCACAUGGAUGGCAGGACCCAAGGUUUCCCAGCAGAACAUUUCCCAAAGCAUCACAUUGCCUCCGCCGGCUUGCCUUCUUCCCAUAGUGCAUCCAUGGUGCCAUGUAUUCUCCAGGUAAGCGAGACACGCACCUGGCCAUCCACGUGAUGUAAAAGAAAACUGGAUUCAUCAGACCAGGCUACUGUCUUCCAUUGCUCCGUGGUCCAGUUCUGAUGCUCACGUUUCCACUGUUGGCACUUUCGGAGGUAGACAGGCAUCAGCAUGGGCACCCUGACUGGUCUGCAGCUAUGCAGCCCCAUACGCAACAAACUGUGAUGCACUGUGUAUUCUGACACCUUUCUAUCAGAACCAGCAUUAACUUUUUGAGCAAUUUGAGCUACAGUAGCUUGUCUUUUGGAUCGGACCACACGGGCCCCACAUGCAUCAAUGAGCCUUGGCCACCCAUGACCCUGUCGCCGGUUCACCACUGUUCCUUCUUUGGACCACUUUUGAUAGAUACUGACCACUGCAGACCGGGAACAUCCCACAAGAGCUGCAGUUUUGGAGAUGCUCUGACCCAGUCGUCUAGCCAUCACAAUUUGUCCCUUGUCAAAAUCGCUCAAAUCCUUAUGCUUGCCCAUUUUUUCUGCUUCUAACACAUCAACUUUGAGGACAAAAUGUUCACUUGCUGCCUAAUAUGAGAUGAAGAGAAUAAUCAGUGUUAUUCACUUCACCUGUCAGUGGUCAUAAUAGGCCCGUUCGAGAUGCAUCGGUGCUGCGCAAAUCGAUCAGUGUAUGACAUCAAAGUACCGCGAGAGCGAUUCAAAAGCAUAAGGAGUCGUAUGCUCUCUAAAACGCUCUUGCAGUACUUUGAUGUCAUCCGCUGAUCGGACUGGGCAGUGCUGAUGAAUCUCGAACAAGCCUAAAGUUAUGCUUGAUCAGUGUAAAGCUUUAAUGUAGAAGUGAAAAAGCUACAUGUACAAGAGAUAGAAAGAAUGCUCAAUUCUCCACAUCUUAUAUGUAAGUCAGUAAGUCUUAAUUCAGUUUCUUUUCAUUUAUCUACAGGUGUACAUGUUCAUCAGAGGCUUGUUGGGUGUGAAUUACUGAACAAUGAUAAACCAGGUCUACUGAAGUCAUGGGAUGCUUUUGAUCAACUAAAUACAGAGGAAUUCUCCUUUAAUGCAGAAAAAAAUGAAAUGCAAGUGAAAAUGCCAUGGAUGCCAUGGAGCCAACAAGAAUGGCAUAAUAAAAAGUUUCUGCAUGAAUACAUUUAUCAACCUAUUUGCAUUAAAACACUACGGAGGUUCCUGAAUAUGGAAAAGAACAAGGUGAUGAGAAAAGUGAAACCCAGAGUCAGACUUAUAUGGAAGACACUCACAGACUCUCAAGGGCUUCAGAUCAGCUGUCUGGCCACUGGUUUUUACCCCCGUCACAUUAACCUGACUCUGUUCAGAGAUGGUCAGCCUGUGGAUGAUGAUCAGAUCACAGGAGGAGAGAUUCUUCCCAACGGAGACGGAACUUACCAGAUGAGGAAGAGUUUGAUGAUCAGCGCAGAAGAACUACGUGAAAGACAUAAAUACAACUGUACAAUGAAGCACCUCAAUCUGGACAACAAACUGGACAUUACAUUUGAUGUGGAUGAAUCUGACCCUGGAUCCAUUAGUCUGUCUGUAGUUAUCAGUGUGCUGGUGUUAAUGUGUGUGGCUGUUCUCAUCAUACCUGCACUCAUUAUAAAGAGGAAGAGAUGUUCUGCUGGACGAGGCUCUGAGACGUCAAAGAGUGAUUACUCCCUUACUCCAUCUUCCACGCAAGAUGAAACAUGAAAAUGGUUCUCAAGGCCCCGUUGUCCAAGACAAUAUCAAAGAUCCUUUCUCUGGUGACUGACCAGACUGACUACUGUGAACUCAUACAGACUGCUGACUCUAUAAUCAGAAUUUCUUGUGACAUAGUGUAGAAAGAUUCAGAAAGGAGACACUCAUCAUUCAGACUUUAUACAUUAAUAAAAUUAGACAUUCAUAUAAUUAACUGCUUGAUAAAUACUUUUGUAAACAGAUAUAGUCAGUUCUUUUUUGUAUAGUGAAUAUGUCAUCUCUUGAACUGUUUUAACUUUUUAAAGCAUUGUAGAUUUAUAUGGUUGAAUAAAAUGUUGCAUUAGAAUAAUCUACUUUGUGUCUGUUAUGUUAUGAAAGCUUUUCCUUUCAGUGUCAUGGGAGAUUGUGUCCUACAUAAACACCUGACACACCUAGUGCUACUGACACAGCUUAGGACUCAAAAUUCAGUUUUCACUUUCCU